AUGUAUAACUCCCACCUCCUCCUCAGCUUCGUCCUCUUGCUUUUUGUAGCCUUCAGCGCGAGCGGCGCCGUCGCCCCGGCACACCACAACGACCGCCGUCAAAUUCAUCUCGCAGCGCGGCAGACGUCAGGCCAAGAAGAGACCAGGACCAGAGGUGGCGAGAUGCCCAAGUUUGUCCGGCGGACUACAAUAGAGUCUGUAACACCCUCCUUGAAUAUCACGGAUGUAGCAGUAUCUCCAGUUGCAAGAGCUGACAUCAACCCGCAGUGCCCCUUCGACGGCGCAUCGUGUGUCCUGAUCGAGCCGAAGGGGGAUUCGAGCCGCAAACCCGAAGUGCGUUGCGGCUAUCUUGGCAGCACGAGGUCGUGA